CUUCUAUUUCGCUUUUGAACCCUGCAUCACAAUUAAUAAAAUAAAAACACUUUAUAUCAUCAUCCUAAGAACUUACUUGCUUUACCAAUUUGCCUUCUUUCAUCCUCCCUCAAUCAUGGCUUUUCUUCCUCUUUCCAUGUUGCUUCUCUUCUCUUUUGCUCGUUAUUCAAGUGCAGCUUAUUGUGUGUGUAACACUGGAAUGAGUGACACAGUGCUUCAAAGAAGCAUAGAUUAUGCUUGUGGAAAUGGUGCUGACUGUGGCCCAAUCUCUCAAAAUGGGCCUUGUUUCAACCCUAAUACUGUAAAGGAUCAUUGCAAUUAUGCUGUCAAUAGUUAUUAUCAAAAAAAGGGUCAAGUUCAAGGGAGCUGUGAUUUCUCAGGCUCUGCUACUGUUUCCCAAACACCUCCUUCAGGUGCAAAUUCUGCUUGUUAUUCUAGCACUUCAACUCCGGCACCACCUGGAACCGGAACUGGUACUCCGCCAGGAACAGGAACUGGGACACCACCUACCGGAACUGGAACCGGGACACCACCUACAGGAACCGGAACUGGGACACCGCCUCCUGGUAUGGGAACCGGGACACCCCCUCCAGGGAUCGGAACAGGAACUCCAGGAACCGGAACAGGAACGGGCACUGGAACCGGGACAGGGACAAUGACACCUGGGAUCAAUGUGAACCCGCCUUUCGGGAUGGGGCCUACAGGGAUAAAUGGGCCUGACAACAGUGGUUCUAUAUCCAUUCAUGGAAUCACCAACUUUAUGACUCCUGUAAGCCUUUUGGCAUUGGGCUUUAUCUGGUUUAGGCUUAUCUAAACAAAACAGGGUGAAAUACAAUGAAUGGAUGAGAUAUUCGUGUUGUAAAGCAGGCUAUAAAUUGUCGGUUGUAUUCUACGAAUCCCCUUUUAGUACGAGAAAGAUGUGUUAUUUACGUUUUCGAUAUAUAAUAAGUACAGGGAACAUGUUCCUUUCACAUGUCA